AUGUCUGCAUCUAUUAUUGAGCAGUUCAUCCAGGACUACGAGGCUGGCUUUCAAUUCUACCUCAACCUUGCCGCCUACGCCGAGACAAAAUGCCGCAAAGCUCUCCAAGAAAGUGGUAUCCCAGCAGUCAUUACCUCGCGGGCCAAAAACCCCGAAAGAUUACUGGUCAAACUUCUCCAGAGGAACACCGAAAAGAACUACCAAUCCGUGGAGGAAAUCUCCCGUGAUCUUGCAGAUCUUAUCGGGGUGCGAAUGGCACUCUACUUCCCCGACCAAGAGAAGCAAAUUGAGGGUAUAAUGCGCCGGGUGUUCCAGAUUAAAGACCUGAAGCGACAUGACAAGACCCUGGUUGCCGUCGAGAACAAACCCUUCCAAACCGACGCUCUUCAGACGUCCAUUGUACCAACAGAGGGUCCGUAUACAGCACGGUUCCACGGAUACAGGGCGACACAUUUCCGCGUCAAAGUUCGCAGCGACGAGUUCGGCGAGUCCCCCGAUCCCCGCUUCGAUCAAACCAUGAUCGAGGUCCAAGUGGCUUCGUUGCUCAUGCACGCCUGGUCUGAGGUCAAUCACGACCUCGCCUACAAGACGUUGAAUGGCCAGCUGUCAAAGGACGAGCUCCGCAUGCUGGAUGGUAUCAACGGUCUCGUGCUUACAGGCGAGGUUCUCCUCGGCCAACUCAAAGCAUCCGUGGAAUCUCGUAUCGCAACGCAGAAACGGCAUUUCUCAAACCACUUCGAACUGGGGUCCUUUGUACAGCAGUAUGCGCCUUAUCAAGCCCCUAAGCCUGGCAGUACAUACCGCAUCGGCUCGCUCUCCGAUCUGCUGUACGUGACGCGCCAUCUGGGCAUCGACAACCCGGAGGCCUUGGGGGAGCGCUUGGAACGCUGGUCAGCAAAGCCUGCAAACUUGACCAAGUACCCCGUGGUUCAUUCGAUCUUAGAUUUCAUCUUUGCUGAGUGGGAUAAGCGUACUCCGCCAACUAUGGAGCGCCCAUUCCUUCUGGCUGAAUUGAAUGACAAUUUUGAGUCUGGAUCUCCAACACUUGAGCAGAGCUUGACAGUGUAUCGUCAUAUCCUAGCGCACACGUUCGAGGGAGAUCUGCUGCUGCCUACUGGCGGCGAUGGGAGCAUCGUCUGUCUCCCCGAGUCUUAUCAAUGGCUUAAUGAUGCUGGUUUCCUCAUUCCUGAUGUGCAGUUCGAUCUUCCUUCCGGUGAUCAGGUGAAAGAAAUUGAGCAGCACACUAAGGCGCUGUGGGAUGGGCUUGCGACGAGUUUCAAUGCACGGGUUCGAGUUGCAUUUGGAGUUGCUCGGGCAAAGGCUGGGAACCAGGGCAUAUGUUUGGAUGAGGCGGUUCAGAUGGAGUGA